AUGAAUCAACAGAACCCAUACGAUUCGGGGAAUCCAUACGCGGAUGCGUAUGAAAUGCAGGGAUACCGUAACUCCGGCAAUGGCGCGGGGCCGGCGCAAAGCGGGGCGGGAGGCGAUGACUUUGUUGUAUUCAUGAACGGUAUCGGGCAGAUCAACAACGAAUUGGAUCGCUACUCGCAGCUAAUUGGGCAGAUUGACGUUUAUCAAAAACGUUUGCUCACAGAGGUGAAUGAGGAGCAGGAGAUUAUGUUGCGUAAGCAGUUGGAUGUCUUCGCUUCGCAGGCGUCGGACUUGCAAUACCAGUUGAAGGAUGAUAUCAAGCGCGCGCAGCAGCAGGCAGCGGGGGAUAUGUCAAAGGAGGCGCAAGCGGAGAACUCACGGCAGCGGUUUUUGAAGUUAAUCCAAGACUACAGGAUAACUGAGGCUAACUACCGGGAAAACAACAAAGAGCAGGCCAAGCGCCAGUACAGAAUCAUCCAGCCCGAGGCAACAGACGAUGAGGUAGAGGCUGCCAUCAGCGAUGUAGGCGGCCAGCAGAUAUUCUCGCAGGCCUUGCUCAGUGCAAACCGGCGCGGCGAGGCCAAGACCGCCUUGGCCGAAGUGCAGGCGCGCCAUCAAGAGCUAUUGAAGCUAGAAAAGACCAUGGCCGAGUUGACCCAGCUAUUCAACGAUAUGGAACACUUGGUGAUAGAGCAGCAGGAGCAAGUGGAGUUCAUCGACAAGCAGGUCGAGGAGGCGCAGCAGGACGUGGAGCAGGGCGUUGGCCACACGAACAAGGCGGUCAAGAGCGCUAGACGGGCACGCAAGAACAAAAUUAGGUGCAUUAUAAUCUUGAUUAUAGUGCUAAUCAUCGUCGCCAUUGCUGUUGCUGUGCCGCUCGCGACAAGAAAAUAG